UCGUAAAGCAUAGUAUUUCUCACUUAUCAACUGAAGGAAUGGAAUCGCUGCAAAUAUUUUCAUUGCUGAUAAUUUUUCAUACUUGUGCUACAGCUUUUGAUCCUGAAGAUGAUGUGCCAGCAAUUGGUGGAUUCUCAUUGAUACGAGACAAGCGUUCGACGGAACAGUCAGGCAAUAGCAACGGCAACAAACGCCAGAAUCGAAAUUCAAAAAAUGGCAAUUCAUCCUCUUCUCGUGGGAAUGGUGGUAACCCCGGCGGCAAUUAUUCGAGUAAUUCAGGAGGAGGAGGAGGAGGAUCAAGAGGAGGAGGAGAAAAUGGAAAUAGGAAUGGAGGUGGAAGAAAUGGCGGAGGAAGAAACGGAGGAAGGAAACGAAACUCCAAUCGAAGAAACAAUUCAGACUUUUCUACCGCGCCUUCAGACAACGAAGAUUAGUUAGUUAUUCAAGCUCCAGUGUGAUUUUUCAAUAAAAUAUUUUUCUGCAUCA